CCACCUUUUCUCAUCCUUUGCCAUCCAUCCCCCAACUCACUCACUAUCCCACUCUUUCAAACAGCUGAUUUCCAAGAAAGAAAGGGAUCAUUCGGAAGACAUGUUUAGCAGAUGAUAUAGAGAAGAGCGAUGGAAUCUAUCACAUAGCAGCUCGUUUAAUCUCUCUUGGCACUUUUAGCUUUGGGUAUGAUAUGGCUAGUUUGUUAGCAAUUUAGCUAGCUGACAACCCCGGCUAACGCAGCUAGCGAUGCAAACCUGACUUUCGUUGUGUAAAAUCAAAUAGGAUUUCCUCGCGCUGCGAACAACGUUUGCUGGCUUGUUUUUUCGUUCAUUUUCCUGGAAUCGUUUCGUCUACUGAAAGUGUUUUUGCUCAAAGCAAAUAUAUAGGGUCACGAUAGUCUACUUGCUAAAUACCGGCUAUAUAUAAGGGGCAUGGAACAGCUGGUUAGCAAUCGGGCUGAUGCCAGCUAGCUAACGUUCUACGACACUUAAUUUCAUUGACCGACAUCUGAAGUGGAUGGAAUGGGCGUUUGCUACCUCUAUUUAGCUACCUCCGCAACACAGUGCAACUGGUUAGCUAUAUAAUAAGCUGGUGUAAUUACUCGGCUAACUAUAUGCAAACACAGGUGUGUCUACGUUUAAGGUUUAGCUAGCUAGUUCGUUAGUUAACUUCAACCAGACAAAGGUAGCUAGCUGAGCCCGGGCAAUAAACUAAUGUAGCGCGAGCUGGUAGCCAGGUAAUGUAACAACAUUGUUAGCUAAGGGGAGACUUCUUUCUCGUCGUAAAAUUAGGCCACAAAACAAAGUACAAAUGUAUUGACAGUGACAGGCAUUGUUUCCCCCAACCAGACUUGCAUUGAUUGUGUGAUCACUGGCCAAUUAGAUAGCGAUUGUGUCUGUCUAUAUGACGUUAGCUCAGGAACACGCAUUGCUAAUUAUAUAUGUUUUUGUCGUGACCUACCUACCUCACUGGAGCCAAUACUGGUGAUUCCACGACGAGUCUAAUAGCAAGCUAAACAGCACUGCUCCUGUUAUUACAUAUCUUGCAAGAUAGUUGCCAACCAUAUCAGACAUUAUUUACAUUCUCCGUUGCAUGUUCUACACGCAAGAAACAUAGUCAAUCAUGCCUGCAUAGAACAUUGAAGUGAGACUCUAGCAUCAUGUAUAUGUAAUGUAUGCAACGCUCAAAGUGAGUACAGUAUUAGACAUAGCUCCCAAAUGAAUUAUUCUGAUAGGGGUUUGAAAUAGAAUGGCAUUCCAUGGUACAGGCCGGCAGCAGACAGUAUGUGGUAACCUGUUCCCCGGAUCCGAGUUAGGCCAUAAGUAUUUUUGCGUCAACACCUCAACUGGAGCCACUUCCACGGGCCUCACUGCAACUCCGAGUCUGACUGGACCCACUGCCCCGGCGGGGACGCCACGACAUCCAACAUCUCUUGGGGGAAGCACCGGCGGCGGGGCCGCUGUACCACAGCCCCAUAGUAGUCCUGCCAGUGAAGUACCAAGCCCUGCUGAGAUGGAGCCUGAUCGACCUAUCGGUUAUGGCGCAUUUGGUGUGGUCUGGUCAGUGACAGACCCUCGUGACGGGCGUAAGGUAGCCCUGAAGAAGAUGCCCAAUGUCUUCCAGAACCUAGUCUCCUGUAAGAGGGUCUUCAGAGAGCUGAGGAUGCUCUGCUUCUUCAAGCACGACAACGUGUUGUCAGCGCUGGACAUUCUGCAGCCUCCACAGAUCGACUGCUUCGAGGAAAUCUACGUGAUCACUGAACUGAUGCAGAGUGACCUCCACAAAGUCAUUGUGUCUCCCCAGCCCCUCACCACCGACCACAUCAAGGUGUUCCUCUACCAGAUCCUCAGAGGGCUGAAGUACCUGCAUUCUGCUGGCAUCCUGCACAGGGACAUCAAACCUGGGAACCUGUUAGUCAACAGCAACUGCCUGCUCAAGAUCUGUGACUUUGGGCUUGCACGUGUGGAGGAGCCAGACCCAUCUCGUCACAUGACCCAGGAGGUGGUGACUCAGUACUACCGGGCUCCUGAGGUGCUGAUGGGCAGCCGCCAUUACGGCUCUGCCAUAGACGUCUGGUCGGUGGGCUGCAUCUUUGCUGAACUACUGGGUCGACGCAUCCUGUUCCAGGCCCAGAGCCCCAUACAACAGUUGGAUCUGAUCACUGAUCUGCUGGGUACCCCUCCUCUCUCUGCCAUGGCAUCUGCCUGUGAGGGGGCCAGAGCUCACAUCCUGAGAGGACCUCACAAACCGCCGUCGCUCUCUGUGUUAUAUAUGCUGUCGGACGGGGCGACCCACGAGGCCGUGCACCUGUUGUGUCGUAUGCUGGUGUUUGAUCCGGCCAAACGGAUCUCGGGCAGCGACGCCCUCUCCCAUCCCUACCUGGACGAGGGCCGUCUGCGCUACCACACGUGCAUGUGUCAGUGCUGCUACUCCGUGCCCAGCGGGCGUGUGUACACGCGUGACUUUGAACCGCCCGCCGACCGGAACUUCAGCCACAGCUACGAUAACAGCCUGCUCUCUGUCUGGCAGGGAAAAGAGCUCAUCCAUCGCUUCAUAACAGAGCACCAGCAGGGGAAACGAGUGCCGCUGUGCAUUAACCCCCAGAGUGCCGCCUUCAAGACCUUCAUCAGGUCUACUGCGUGGCAUUCCUCCAAAGUCUCCAGGAAGGAGGAAAGAUGAAGGGAAGUAUCGUUCAAGUACAAGAAGAAUCAUGGGAAAUUCAGUUUGAUAAAAAGAACAAGACUUGCUUUGGUCAAUAUAAUAGAGAUAGGUUUGGGUUUCUCUGGAUGGAGGGGAGGUGUGAAUGAAACAGUACGCCAGCCUCUCAGAGAGAAGAACCGUGUCUGUUGGAGGAAAUGCUCACUUUUACUAAAGACUACAUUUCCCUUCAAUGACAACUACAGUUCCCAACUAUGAAAACUACUAUUGACACUGGUGAAGACUUGACUACACCAAGGCUAUAGGCAUUUCCCCAAUGCUGAAAACUAAAAUGUGCUGCUGAAUUUUUUUUAAAGGAAUAAAGAGGAAAAGUGGUAGAAUAGGGAAAUUAUUGGAAACAUUACUAGAAUAGUUGAUGUUGGUUGUGUUGUGCUCCAAUCUGGUUUAAGGUGGAGACAAAGGAAUAGCUGUUUAAUUAAUUUAUGUUGAAUAAUUGUUCUGCUCUGUUAAUUUUUAAGUCAUUCCAGCCUCGUGCAAUAUGAUGAAAAGCGUCUAAGCAACGUGCUCCUGGCGAUACCAUACUUUCUUACCUGUGCUUUUAGUGACUUAGUCAUGUUAAUGUCACAUUGAUGACCCUACCUUUAUCAUUGAUUUGGUUUGAUAGUUUCACUGGGCCCAUUCCCAAUAUCUUCGGUAAACUGGUUUUAGAUCUGCGCCACAAUGCAACCUCUGGCCUUGAGGUUCACCCCGUGCUACUUUUGAAUCUUCCCUCCCAAUCUGCCCUCGUCCAUAAGAUCAAACCAUUUCCAAGACAACAAAUUGACCUGGUUCUUUGAUUGGGUGGGGCCACGGCUUCUGAGGCAGAUGGAGCCUCGCCCAUGUUUUUAAAAUCAUAUUCUUUUAUAUUUUAAUUUGUGUUUAUUUUUAGCUUCUCUGUGAGUGGCGGUUCGAGCUUGAGCACGUGUUGUGCCCAUGUACUGAGUAGUCAGCCCUUUCAGUGUGUGUGUGUGUGUGUGUGUGUGUGUGUGUGUGUGUGUGUGUGUGUGUGUGUGUGUGUGUGUGUGUGUGUGUGUGUGUGUGUGUGUGUGUGUGUGUGUGUGUGUGUGUGUGUGUGUGUGUGCGCACGCUCACAUGUGUCUGUGUAGAAUUUAAGGUAAAGUGCAGUUUUCUGCUUCAAUGAUUUCAUUACCUCAAAAACAGUUGGAGUCAAAAAGGGAACCCAGAGAGUCUACUGGGUGAAGUGUACAUAGACCCAACUCAACUACUACGCACUGUAACGUGAUGUCAUUCCUUUGUACUAAAUCGCUGUCCUUAACCUCUGUCGCUCCCUCUUGGAAAGAGGGAUGGAAGAUGAGGGACAGAUGGCAGGAAGAACAGCUUGUUGAAAUGUGUUGGUGUUUUGUUUUUCCUUCAUUGGUUGUGGGUUUAUUUCCAGUUGAGUUCACGGCUCAGGUGUUCCGUUGCAAAGACUGUGGAUCCGACCACACAAAAACACACCGAUAUUAUUCACCAAUAACAGUGUGCCUCAACUUUUUUUUUUUUCUCCACAAAGAGGAACCGCAAAGCUCUGUGCGCUGAAGCUCUUUGACUGGAGCUAGUACUAACUAAAAUGAGGCUCCUGAAGAUGCUGCACUGUGCUAGUUGGCAUUGCCGUCAUGGCAGUGGUCAGGCCCUUGUCCCGCCACCUGAUGGUGCUAUUGGAAGUGUAGGCUAAGUGGUUGACGGGGAUUGCCAGAAUGUUUCACUUAAACAUGCAUGUCUGUAUUUAUGAUAUAUAAAGAUUUUUUUUAAAGGAAGAGGCUUUUGGAUUUGAAUGCAGUGCAAUGGGAGUUGUCGCCGUGGACAUACCUACCUUGUGGUGAUGUUAAUUAAUUAGAUUUUCGGAAAUAUGAUUCAUAUUUUUAUGUUUUGUGAUGUGAUCCAUUUAAGAUUUAUUUUUUGGUUUCACAAAUUUGCUAUUGUCUUUAGUAGAAAGCCCAAGCAGGCUGAGUUUUAGAAGAGCUCACAAGGGUACGUCUCUUUCCCUCACACCCUCCUUUCUUCUCUCUAUCCCCCUCACACUGUCCUCUCGUCUCUGUUAGCCUUUUAUAGCAGAGUCUUUUUCAUUAGGCACCAAAAAAAUCAAACAGACUAAAACUGGGAGGGACUACUUGAACUUGUUCAGUAAGAAACUUGUUGCAAAAUGUUUUCCUACAGUGUGCACUAAGGAGUAUGACUCAGCUAUGCUUAAUGUAGAAGCCAAUAAGGACAUCCCGUUCCUCACUGGAGGAGCCUCCUCUGGCAGUUCAGUAGCUUAAAGCAGCUUCUUAUCCUCCCCUUCUUUCGUUCAUUGGUGCUGAUAGGAGAAGAGAAGACUGGUCAAAUCCCUAACGGAGAGAAGCACUGUUAGGGAUUUGCUUUCAGAUGUCCAGUUCUCUUCAGAUCUAUCGUCCAUCCCAAAUGACACCCUAUUCCCUUUGUAGUGCACUACUAUUGAGGGUCUGGUCAAAGGUAGUGCACUAUAUAGGGAAUAGGGUGCCAUUUGGGACUCACUACUGAAGGAAAAGGAAGCGAGUCUACAUCCUUUGUUCAUGAGCUCAAUAGGCACUGGAGAGAAGACUACACCUGGGGAUGUUUAUGUUAGAAAUGUUUCUGAUGACAAGAAGAAAAAAAAGUGAUAUUUGUGUUGUUUUUUGGGGAUUAUUCUGAAUAUGAAACCGAUGUUGAAUACUGCUGUUUUGAAAAUGUUAAAAUUCUGUUGGUUGGUUUAUUUUUUUUGUUGUCAUGUUUUAGGAAACGUUUUGGACUUGUGCUCCCAACAAAUACUUGAAUUUCUUAAGAAAACGACUAGAGUAAAGUAGUGAAUGAAUAAAUGGAUAGUCACUGGAAACUA